UUUCCGAUAUAAGUUUCUGCUGUGUUCCUGUGUUCACAUAGAAAAAAGGAGUAUGCAAUGUCUCUGUUUCGAUACAUCAACACGAAACAUAACCUCACCUCCGAUGACACUCGGACACUGUUGGUGUGUUGACAGUCAGUCAACACCGAUCGACCGAUCUUCGCAACUUAUCACAACAAGAAUCUUUUGAGGAGUGCAAAGUAAACGUAUUUGACGUUAUAAUCGUUGAUAAAAAGAAAAAACUUUGGAAAUCAUGGAGUGGCUAUUCGGAAAACGCAUGACUCCCGAAGAAAUGCUGAGAAAAAAUCAAAGAGCUCUCAACAAAGCGAUGCGUGAUCUUGAUCGCGAAAAAAGUCGUAUGGAACAACAAGAAAAAAAGAUAAUAGAAGACAUAAAAAAAAUGGCUAAAGCUGGACAAAUGGAACCUGUGAAAAUCAUGGCAAAAGAUCUCGUCAGAACAAGACGUUACGUCAAAAAGUUUAUGCUCAUGAAAGCUAACAUUCAAGCUGUAUCACUCAAAAUCCAGACUCUGCGAUCACAAAAUUCCAUGGCCCAGGCAAUGAAAGGCGUUACCAAAGCGAUGCAGAGUAUGAACAAACAACUCAACUUGCCACAGAUACAGAAAAUACUCCAAGAGUUUGAAAAACAAUCAGAAAUCAUGGACAUGAAAGAGGAAGUAAUGAACGAUGCGAUCGAUGAUGCAAUGGAGGAUGAAGGAGAUGAGGAAGAAAGUGAUACGAUCGUUACCCAAGUAUUAGACGAGCUUGGUCUCCAACUAACAGAUCAGUUGUCUGGAUUGCCUCAAGCAACAGGUUCCUUGAGCAUUUCGGGAUCAAAACAACCAGCAGUGGCAACUCCGGCAUCAGGGAACUCUGAAAAUGGUGGAAAUGGCGCUGAUGCUGAUGCUGAUCUUUUGGCAAGAUUAGAAAAUUUGCGUCGCGAAUAAAACAGCAAAAAUGCUUGUAAUAGCACUUGAAAUUUGUGAUUUGUGAUAUCUGUAAAUAGUCCAGAGUAAAGGCAGCAUUAGAAUUUUUUUUACUGCUAUACACAACAUAUUUUAAUCAUAAGAAUAACAUAAUGCUAGCUUCUCAUUGAUGUUGAACUAACUGAGAGUCCUACACUUUUCUAUGCUUAUUAUCAUUUUUUUUGUUCAUUAUCAUUCGGUUUUUUGGUUUUUUUAAAUCCACGUUUUUCAUUGAUUUCAAUUAUAAAGCAGAAGCACAACUGAAUGCUUCGUUUUUUGUAAUUCCUUGUUGAUUAAAAAUAAAAAGAUGUGAAUUACCUGUCA